AAGACCAACUUCUUGGCCGGUCCUCGUCCACAAGAUCUCUCUUUAUCCUCCCGACCAACGCCUCUGUCCAACACCAGGAACAAGCCCGUACAUUCUUUCGAGAUAAAUAAAUCCGGACCGUCAACAUGAAGUUCUCUGCUCCUGCCAUCGCCCUUCUGGCCUGCACUGUGGCUGCCGCUCCUCUCACCGAGCGCGCCACUGGCACAACCAUCAACGAGCUUGACAAUGGCGGCUGCCGCCCCUACAUCAUGUUCCAUGCACGCGGCACCAGCCAGGCUGGCAACGUCGGCCAGGACCCUGGCCCGCAGCUUAUUGAUGCCGUCAAGGCCUCUCUGGGCACGGCCAACGUCGCCGGCCAGGGCGUCCCCUACUCCGCCUCUCUCGCGGGCAACCUCCAGUCCGGGGGCGCCCCGGCCAGCGAGGCCAAGGCCUUUGCCGCGCAGAUCAUCGCGGCCACCACCAAGUGCCCCAGCGCCAAGAUCUUCGUGUCCGGCUACUCGCAGGGCGCCGCCCUGGUCCACCGCGCCGUCGAGCAGCUCUCGACCGCCGUCAAGGCCAAGGUCGCCGCGGCCGUCACCUUUGGCGACACCCAGAAGCAGCAGGACGGCGGCAGGAUCCCCAGCUUCGACACGGCAAAGACGCUCAUCAUCUGCCGCUCGGGCGACAAGGUCUGCCAGGGCACCCUGACCAUCACCUCGGCCCACCUGGACUACUCGCCGCUCGCUCCCCAGGGCGCUGCCUUCAUGGUCAGCAAGGCUUAGCUGUCUGCGGCUGAGCUCUGAACGGUCAGAAAGAGAGGAGGACAGCAAGGGAACGACUUUGACGGGCAAUGACCAUGUGGCAAUGAGGAUUCGACGGUUGAAUUGAUGGCUUGUAGAUAUGCUGUUACACAAUGAACUUAUGCGAGGCGAGCGUUGAGGUACCGAGGGGGCAUGCUUUGUCAAUGGCCCGUGAAUGGACCACUCAAAAAGGCAAUUACUACACGGGCAUGAAGAAUUGCUACCCGGGCAUGACUCUUACACGGGCAUGACCUUUUGCAG